ACAUACCUAUAUACAUACAUAAUACUUAAUAAGCGGACGACAAUAAUAAUCAAAACACAAUUACAGUGUUUAUCGAGUUCACCAAAUUAGAUUAUAUUCCUACAGAUUAUGCGUGUUUAUUUAAAAAUAAUAAUUGUGACAAAAAAAAUAAAGACAUCAUUCAAAUCCAAUUAUCGAUUAGUGAUAUUAAUAAGUAUUUACUUACCUAUAAUUAUAAAUAUUUGAAAAACCUAUUUCAGUCGGAACCUCAUAAAAAUAUUUAUCUUUUAGUUAUAGAAUAGGCCUGCUGACUAUGAUCUAAUGCUACAAUUUUUUUUUUAUUAAACUGUUUUUUGCUGCAAAUAGAUAAAAAAAAAUUCAGUGUCCCUUUGUCAAAUUAUUUCUUAAGAGGAAACUCAGGCAACAUAUAAAUUUUGUCAAUUCUAUUUUAAAGUCAGUCCUUGUCAAAAAUAAACCAACCUACUUGAAUACGAAAGUAUUGAAGACUAGAGUAAACACCAUAAAAAAUCAUAAUUGAUUUACAAUUCGUCGCGUCUUUUAAACCGAAACAUGUCGACUUCCAAAAUAAUGACAGUAAGGGAAAUGAUAGAUUCGGCUUUUGGCGAACCAGAUGAAAAUAUUGUUAAUUUAAAACUCGUACAAACUAUAUUGAUUAUAUUGGCAAGACAAUUACGCAUAUUAGAACGUAAAGUUGGUGUUGAAAUUGGCCCCAGUCUUAUUCGUUCAACUUCAAGUCUUUUGAUAACAGAAAUAAAGUUACUUGCUAACGUAGAGAAAAAAAAGAAAAAAGCUAUAAAAGAUACAGGUUUCGGUGCUGAUAACAACAGAGGAAUAGCGACAGUUAAAGUUCCUUUAGUGGAAACACCCACAUACAAAAAUGAGCCUACUUCUUCUUCAAGUGACAAAUCUUCUGAAAAAACGAAGUCUAAAUCCACAGCUGAUAGAACGUCUACUUCUGGACCAUCUUCGUCUUUAAAAACAUCGACCGUGUUAACAUCUUCUGAUAAAACCAUGGAUAAAACACCUUCGCGAGAAGUAACCACUGAUGACUAUAGGAAAAAGGAAUAUCAUCAUCUUUUGGAAGUUAUUGAGCAGCAAAGAGAACGCGAACUACGAAUUGUUGAUCAGAGAGCUGAUUCCCGAGAAGAAGCAAAAAAAGCACCCACGCCCAUGAAAUCAUUAGACUCUAUAGAAAUGCAAUUCGAGAAGCUGCUUAUUGUAGAACGAGUUUCUACUGAAGAGGUUGAAGCAGAAGCUGGACGCUCUCGCGGCGACAGGGAAAAGGGACUACAAUUGUCUGUUGUAACUAAGGAACAAUUUGAUAACCUAGCGCAAAUAGUUAAUGAGCUACAAGAAAAAUUUUGCUCUGCUGGUAAACCAGAGUUUCCAGAUAAUAUACAACUAAUGCAAGACCUUCGCAAAGGAGCCUCGCUUACUGACGCUAUGGCAGCUUUGCAAUUGUCUGCGAGACUUGAUGCUGCAGAAACGGCAUUGCAACAAAUGAUAACACUUGUCACUGAUCUUGCAUCAAGUAAAGGAAUAGAUAUUAGCGAAAUGGAAGAGGUACCACAAAAAACUACAACUGCAAAAAGUCGUAAACAAAUUACUAAAUCUGUAAAGAAAACAACUCAAGAAAUAUCAACUGACACAAUAAAGAAUAAAUCAACGGAUGCAUUCGACACUGAAAUUAACAACAUGAUCGAAGAACCAAGCUCAGAAAUAAUAAAUGUAUCUAAAAUUAGACCCAACAUGAUUAAUUUUAGAGAUAUGGACCAAGCUAUUCAAGAAGUUCGUGAUAGCCUUACAAAAUCUGUAAAAAAUAUCACUAGUAAAAUAGCAUCUAAUGCAGAAAAUGCGUUAAAGCUAACUCGAAAGUUAGAAGAAAAAUUAAAUGAUACGUCGAGCUUAAACAAUCGCAUGAACGAUUUAGAAGCACUAGUUUCUGAAUAUACAGAGCAAAUCAAUAUUUUAGAUACUGGUUUAUCUUCACAGAUGACAAACUAUCAAGAACAGUUAACUCAAAUGCAACAUGAUUUGGAAACAGGCUUAGAAUCCAUGACUGAAGCUUUAGCCAAUACUGGCGGAGAUACCACAGCUGUUACUGAAUUAAACUUAAAUUUCACCAAUCUGCAAGUAGAUUUAGAUGCUAUGAAUGUGAAGCAAAAGGAAUUAAAGGAAAAUCAAGAAGUAUUGUCUUCUAAUCUUCAAGAUUUGUGGAAUCAAAUUGAACUGUUACGUGGAACAAAAUCUGAUCGUGAUGAAGUAGCAGAUGCUUUACGUGAUAAGGCUGGAUUAGGUGCUCUAAAUGGUCUAGUCACACAAGCACAAUUUGAUGCAGUUAGAGGUGACUUUGAAAAGCGAAUUGGAGCUUCUUACGACAAGUUUAAUAAUCAAGAAAUUAUUUGGCAAAAAGCUAUAGAUGAUCUACUUAGGGAACUUAACGAAAAGGCUGAUUUGGUGCAAGUAGCUUCUUUGCGUGAUGAUAUAAAUAAUAAUCUCGAAAAAUUAAGGAAUCGAAUAAAUGUUAUGAUGGAUAUUGUUGGUGAACCAAAGUCGGCUGCUGUUGCGAAAAAACUAUUUCGUAAUACAGCUUGUCUUUCGUGCUCAUCUCCUGCGCAUAUGGAUAUUGAAGAACCAAAUACCAUACCAUCUUUACCAGUUUUACCUAAUUCCUUCGUUCCAUCUUCUAUUAAAGCUGACAAUACAUCAGAGCCAAAAGAAGACGGUGAUCAUGGUUUAUGCUAUCCUGGCAAACCAAUACCUCAUCCAAAAGAUCCAAGAUCUCAAUAUUGUCGAAGAUAUUGUGGUGGAUCGCAUACAGCUGUACCUACUACAAUAAAAAGAGCUCCAGCUGAAAUAAUAAUUAGCUCAGCUUUGCGAAACACAACUACAGGAUUUAGUUCGAAUGAAAAAGUAAUAAUAUGAUUACAUAUAUAUAUUAUCUUUAUUUUUUAAAA